GAAGUCUCGGCUGACGUCAGGAAGGCCCUGUUAUACACCUACACCAGCAGCACCUUGUCAACACUCUCAUAUCAUGUUUGAUUGAAGCACGUCACGGACUUACACCACAUCACCGAGCUGCUGGAGACCUUCUCUGGACUACCAUCUUUCACCACAUCUGCCCACAGAUCAGAAAGAUCAGAAGCCCUCCUGGCCUGCUCGGGUCGAUUUUUUUUCAGGCUGAUUUUGGACAGUAUCCAGCAGUAUGGUGCAUGGCUAACAUGUCGAGUUAAAGACUAAAAUAUUUAGUCUUUUGGGGUGUAUAUAUUUUUUGUUUUUUUCUUUUUUUGCGCAUCAUGUAUGUUGGAUACCUGUUGGAUAAAGAGGGCAGCAUGUAUCACCAAGGACCUGUACGACGAUCCGGCAUCAACCUUCCGCCACAGAACUUCGUGUCCACCCCGCAGUACUCUGAUUUUAGCGGAUACCAUCAUGUGUCCGGCGUGGACCCUCACGCGCAGGCCGCGGGGCCUUGGGCCGCUCCUUACGGAGCCCCGAGAGAGGACUGGGGGGCCUACAGCCUAGGGCCUCCAAACACCAUCUCCACACCUAUGAGCAACUCUUCUCCGGGACAAGUUUCUUAUUGCUCGCCCGAGUACCCGUCCAUGCACAACUCGGCCUCCGCCGUGCUCCCGCCGCCGCAAGACAAUAUCUCGGUACCGCCUCUAUCACCGGACAGAGAACGGCGCAACUCCUAUCAGUGGAUGAGCAAAACCGUGCAGUCAUCUUCCACUGGUAAAACGAGAACAAAGGAGAAGUACAGAGUUGUCUACACAGAUCAUCAGAGGCUGGAGCUGGAGAAAGAAUUUCAUUUUAAUCGUUACAUCACCAUCAGAAGAAAAUCAGAGCUGGCCGUCAAUCUCGGCCUUUCAGAGAGACAGGUAAAAAUCUGGUUUCAGAACCGCCGGGCCAAAGAGCGGAAAUUAAUAAAGAAGAAGAUGGGACAGUCUGACGGCAGCGGCGGGUCAGUGCACAGUGACCCCGGUUCGGUCAGCCCGCUCCCCGUGCCCGGCUCUCUAAGCCCCUCAGAAUUACACAACUCCCUCUACCCCCCACCCGGAAUGAACACCUUACCAUCUAUGAGGAACAUACAGCAGGUUACUGUCACUCAGUGAACUCGAACUUGGUGAAGAUCCACCUUUAAAACGGAGCACUCCAACACGCUGAGAGGACACCAGAGCCGCGUGCAGCGGUCAGACUUGAGACUGUUUUCAUAAAAAUAUUAAUAAUAAUAAAUAAAUGACACAGUUAAGACCCAGAUGCGGCGUCCCGAGGGUGUUGUGGAUCGCAGCAGAAAGGACUCCCGGGUUUUAACUGCGACAGAAAUGAUGGAGGCUCUUCACAUAUUGUUUUAAUAGAGUAGUUUUUAAAAUUAAAAUAAAAAAAUAAACAUACAAAAACACAUUGUUCGUCUGGUCCAAAAGCUAAAUAUUUUAAUGGUUUGUUUGUGUUUUGAUCUUUUACGAUAUAAAUAUCUUUUUCUGUAUGUGGUGAGUGUAUAAGUUUUGUAAAUAAAUUAACUCAGGCCUUAUACUGUUUCUCCAAAGAAGUGAUGACCAUUGCCCUGGAACUCUAGAAAAUAACGUGAGAUUUUUUAUGUGAAAAUGUUCAUUCCGCUCUUUUUCAGCAUCUCUUUAUAAGCACAUUUUAUACAUGGGUGUUUUGGGGGGAACCUGUGAAUUCAAAGUCGUGUAAAUAAAAUGUUUUUUUUGAAAA